CUGUAUGUCGACGUCCUGCCGCAUCAGUUUAUUCUGAUGUUAUGAUGGAUAAACACUACUAUAUAUCACCGUAUAUCUGAUUUAAUUACACACACGACGACAUGGCGGAGGCUGAGGGCAUCAGCAGUGCGACUCCCACUGAGGAGAUGAACGGCGCCGGGAACCUGAUGGACUUCUUAGAUGAACCAUUUCCAGAUGUUGGCACUUAUGAGGACUUUCACACCAUCGACUGGCUCCGAGAGAAGUCCAAAGACACAGACAGACACCGCAAGAUCACCAGUAAGAGUAAAGAGUCCAUCUGGGAGUUCAUCAAGAGUCUGCUGGACGCCUGGUCAGGGUGGCUGGUGAUGCUCCUGAUUGGCCUGCUGUCAGGCACUCUGGCCGGAGUGAUCGAUCUGGCUGUUGAUUGGAUGACGGAUCUGAAGGAAGGCGUGUGUUUAUCUGCGUUCUGGUACAGUCAUGAGCAGUGCUGCUGGACGUCCAACGAAACCACCUUCGCUGACAGAGACAAAUGUCCACAGUGGCAGAAAUGGGCUGAGCUGAUGACCGGAUACACAGAGGGCGCUGGUGUGUAUGUGCUGAACUACUUCCUGUACGUGCUGUGGGCUCUGUUCUUCUCCUUCCUGGCCGUGUCUCUGGUGCGAGUGUUUGCUCCGUACGCCUGCGGUUCAGGAAUACCAGAGAUCAAGACCAUCCUGAGCGGCUUCAUCAUCCGUGGGUAUCUGGGCAAGUGGACGCUGCUGAUCAAGACGGUGACGCUGGUUCUGGCCGUGUCUUCAGGCCUCAGUCUGGGGAAGGAGGGUCCGCUGGUCCACGUGGCCUGCUGCUGUGGAAACCUCUUCUGCAGCCUCUUCUCCAAGUACAGCAAGAAUGAAGGCAAACGCAGAGAGGUGCUGUCAGCUGCAGCGGCCGCUGGUGUCUCAGUGGCAUUUGGAGCUCCGAUUGGAGGAGUACUGUUCAGCUUGGAGGAGGUCAGCUAUUAUUUCCCUCUGAAGACUCUCUGGCGCUCGUUUUUCGCCGCUCUGGUCGCCGCCUUCACCCUGCGCUCCAUCAACCCAUUUGGGAACAACCGCCUGGUGCUGUUCUACGUGGAGUACCACACACCCUGGUACAUGGCAGAGCUGGUGCCCUUCAUCCUGCUGGGGGUGUUCGGAGGCCUUUGGGGGACACUGUUUAUCCGCUGCAACAUCGCCUGGUGCCGCCGCCGCAAAACCACCCGCCUGGGCAAAUACCCGGUGCUGGAAGUGCUGGCGGUGACGGGCAUCACUGCGGUGCUGGCCUUCCCGAAUCCGUACACUCGCCGCAGCACCAGCGAGCUGAUCUCAGAGCUGUUCAAUGACUGCGGAGCGCUGGAGUCCUCGCAGCUCUGUGAUUACAUCAACAGCCCCAACAUGACCCGCCCGGUGGACGAUAUUCCUGACCGACCCGCAGGGCCUGGGGUCUACAGCGCCCUCUGGCAGCUCACACUCGCACUUGCCUUUAAGAUCAUCAUCACCAUCUUCACCUUCGGCAUGAAGAUCCCGUCGGGUCUGUUCAUCCCCAGUAUGGCAGUGGGUGCGAUUGCGGGCCGUAUUGUUGGUAUCGCAGUGGAGCAGAUGGCGUAUCAUCAUCACGACUGGAUCAUCUUCAAGAACUGGUGCCGCCCAGGAGCCGAUUGCGUCACACCAGGGUUAUACGCCAUGGUUGGAGCCGCGGCCUGUUUGGGCGGUGUGACCCGUAUGACGGUGUCUCUGGUGGUCAUCAUGUUCGAGCUGACGGGCGGACUCGAGUAUAUCGUCCCUCUGAUGGCGGCGGCGGUCACCAGUAAAUGGGUGGCGGACGCGUUUGGGAAGGAGGGGAUCUACGAGGCGCACAUCCAGCUGAACGGCUACCCGUACCUGGACCAGGACGAGUUCACACACCGCACGCUGGCCACUGACGUGAUGCGCCCGCGCCGCAGCGAGCCGCCGCUGUCUGUCCUCACGCAGGACAGCAGCACGCUGGAGGAGGCCGAGGCGCUCAUCACACACACCGACUACAACGGCUUCCCGGUGGUGGUGUCCCGCGAGUCUGAGCGACUCAUCGGCUUCGUGCAGAGACGAGACCUGAUCCUGGCUAUCAAGAACGCGCGUCAGAAGCAGGACGGUGUGGUCAGUAACUCAGUGGUGUAUUUCACUGAAGACGCUCCUCAGCUUCCAGCAUCAAACACUCAGCCCCUGAAGCUCAGACGGAUCCUGAAUCUGAGCCCGUUCACCGUCACCGACCACACGCCCAUGGAGACCGUGGUGGACAUCUUCAGGAAACUGGGCCUGCGGCAGUGUCUGGUCACACGCAGCGGACGUUUGCUGGGCAUCAUCACGAAGAAGGACGUGUUGCGUCACAUGGCACACAUGAUGAACCAGGACCCAGAAUCCAUCAUGUUCAACUAAUCCCGUGCACCCUUCAGUCCUGUACACUUGCACACUAACAAGUGCUCACGUGGCCAAAACCAGACCUGUGCUCGCUUUACUGUUGUUGCUUUUUUUAUGCCAUAUUUAUAUUUUACUGUAAGCCGCUGAUCAACACUGUAAACAUGUGCAAUGAGAACACACUUUACGUACGGUACGUCACUUUAAUAUAUCUGUUUAUUACGUGAUGUGUCAUAACGCAAUGCAAGACGUAAUUCAGACGACUAAUCUACCGUGUGAUAUUGAGCAUUUUACACUGGGUUUAUCUGCUCUGUUAUUAUUUAUUAAUAUUUAUAACAUUAUGAAUGUUAGUUUUGAUCUUCAUGAUCUUAUGUAUUGAAUCAUGAAUAUUGUUGUUGUAAAAUAAACACCACAGCUCUGUUACGGA